AAUUGGUGGGUUUUCUUAGUUCCUGUACGGCGAAUUUCACCCCUGCAUUGGAAUCGAAGGUGAUGGUUGGAGGAGUUGUGUAUCAUCAGCCACCCCGUCACUGCGGAUCCCGCAUCGUCGUUCUCAUUCGCCUGAUUGUCUGGCAAUCACGCUGAUGUUCAGGUAGCUGGUUGCUGAUUAGACGUCAAAGACGAUCUAGUAUAGGGCUGACGGAGUCAAGGUCUUGUGUGUCUCAAAAGCUGAAUCGGGCUCUCAGCGUGAAGGUGUGGGAAGGUAUUAAGCUGUCAAGAACUUUGUUUACAGUGAUUCAACGCAGUUGGAGAAUUUCAUAACAGAUGAGCGGUUGCUGCUUGAUUCGAAGGAGCUGGAGGAAGUUUUCUCGUGAGAUUUGCUGAAACUCGGUUUGGUUGACUGGAGAGUAGUGGUGGUUGUGAGAACGAGUUCAAGCCAGCAGGUGAGAUGGAGUUGUUUCCAGCGCCAGGGAGAAACCACUUGUUUGUGCCGGGGCCUACCAACAUUCCAGACAGAGUGCUGCAGGCCAUGAACCGCAACAAUGAGGAUCACCGAUCGCCGACUUUUCCCGCACUGGCUAAGUCCGUUCUUGAGGACGUCAAGCUGCUGUUCCGCACACAGACUGGCACCCCCUUCAUCUUCCCUUCCUCAGGUACAGGAGCAUGGGAGAGUGCGCUAACCAACACGAUGUCACCAGGUGACAGGAUCAUCGUCCCGAGGAUGGGCCAAUUCUGUGUCCUCUGGAUCAACCUCAUGACCCGUCUCCACUUCAACGUGGAUGUGAUCGAGUGCGAGUGGGGCGAGGGCAUCGAUCUGGAGAUCCUCAAGCAGAAGCUGCAGUCAGAUCAUACUCAUGCUGUGAAGGCAGUCUGCGUGGUGCACAACGAAACCUCCACGGGCGUGACUAACGACUUAAGUGCCGUUCGCAAAGCCCUUGACGAGGCAAGACAUCCUGCAUUGCUACUCGUGGAUGGAGUCUCGUCGGUUGGCGCCAUGGAUUUUCGAAUGGACGACUGGGGAGUGGACGUGGCCCUCACCGGAUCCCAGAAAGCCCUAUCUCUUCCAACCGGUCUAGGUAUCCUUUGCGCCAGCCUCAAAGCUAUUGAAACUUCCAAGCAAGCAAAAUACCCACGGGGCUACUUCGACUGGGCAGAAUAUCUAAAAAGCUACAAGGCAGGGACGUAUUCCCCCUACACUCCGUCCGUCCAACUGCUCUACGGGCUGCGUGCCUCCCUUGACAUUAUCCUCAAACAAGAGGGACUGGAAAAUGUCAUAGCCCGGCAUCUGCGUCUUGCUGAAGCAACCAGGAGAGCUGUGAGAGCUUGGGGACUUACCGUCUGCGCAAGGAAGCCCCAGUGGGACAGCGCGGUCGUGACAGGAGUGGUGGUGCCGUCUUCAUUAGACAGCAACGACGUGAUCAAGAUUGCAUGGAAGAAGUACAAUCUCAGCCUUGGUCUCGGUCUCGGCGAAGUGAACGGAAAGGUGUUUCGCAUUGGACAUCUAGGCUAUGUGAAUGAGCUACAAUUACUAGGAGCUUUGGCGGGAGUGGAGCUCGUGCUCCUCGAGGUUGGAUAUCCCGUAAUCUUUGGCAGUGGUGUUGCCGCAGCCCAGGCAUUUCUAUCCAAGCAAACCCCUAUAAUUGCCUCCCGCCUGUGAUAACCGCGACCCACGAACGCCCCAACCACCAACAUCCUUGCAAGUAAAGGGAGCAGAGUCGCAUCAUUCAGCCCUCGGAGAAGCUCCAUCACUUGAACGUGCUCUCUCAGUAUCCCGAAGUUUUGUCCUUGACGACUUUACUUCCACUUCUAUACAAAGCAAAGCAUACACUCGGAUUGCAAGACUAUACACCAUCGGGUGGACUACUAUAACAAUUAUGUACAGACGUUGAUUUAGUACUCUCCGAACAUUCAAUCAAUGAUGGUCAACAAUUGCAAAUUACCUUGGAUUGAAAAUAAAGGCUUCGUGUUCCAGCGGAACGCGGAGGAACUGUAGGCUA